CUCUCUGCUCACCAGCUUGUCUCCAGUCAGAAUUAGAGGUGGCUUUUUCUAAAUGCGUGCAGCACUGAGGGGAAUGCACAGGCACAUGAGUAUUGUGAUCUUAUCUGCUGCUGAAAAUGAGGCGGAAAGCACAUAAACGGGUCAACGCAGAUAGCCAACUCCUAUCUGCCUCCCCAGGCAAGACUUAGACUUCAGACUGUUUGUUUGUGGUUAGUGUUCAAACUUGGCUGCAACAUUUGGCGGCCCGGCAUCAGCAUCAUCAUCAUCAACUACAGCAGCAGCAGCAGAGGCAACAACACAUGAGAGCUGCGGCACAGAGAAAAAUAUGAAAAAGAUAUAUAUUGGCAAAACUGCCCUCAAAAGCCAGAGAAAUGGUUGCAAACAUCAGAAACGAAGCUCUCUACACGACCACAAGGAUGACCUCCGUAAGCGCCUGUCCUACACCACCCACAAAUUAGAGAUGGUGGAGACGGAGUUCGAAUCCACCCGGCAGUACCUGGAGACAGAGCUCCGUCGGGCCCAGGAGGAACUGGAGAAGUUUACUGAGAAACUAUCCAGGAUCCAGAGCAGCUAUGCAGCUCUGCAGCGGAUCAACCAGGAUUUGGAGGAGAAGAUGCACAGGACGUCUCAGCACCAUGAAGAGGAGAAGAGAGCCCUCAGCCGAGAGAUCAUCGUCCUCAACAACCACCUGAUGGAGGCCAAGAUGACCAUCAACAAACUCAGAGAGGACAAUGAUCUUUACAGGAAAGACUGCAACCUGGCCGCCCAGCUGCUGCAGUGCUCCAAGACUCACUACAGAGCUCACAAGAUGUCUGAGCUGCCACUGGAGUUCCAGGAGCGCAUCAGUUCACAUAUGGAGAAACAUAAUCGCAGUGGUGGAACCACGGUGGCCAUGUGUCACUCCAACUACUCUGACGCUGUGCCCACAUCACUGAUUGCCAAGGUCCUGGAAAAACCAGAACCGGGAAGCAGUUGCCCUGUCACACGUUCACCCAGCCCACAACCACAAGAGGGAGACUUUCUUACAGGAACGGGAAGUACAGACCAACUGAACCGGCGCGUUGCAUAUAAAACAUCUGACCUGUACUGUAGUGACACAGCGCUGUACUGCCCUGAACGAUGGCAAGACACUGAGCGCAGGCAAAGUGUUGACCUUCAUGGCACUGCACUGCUGCAAAUCCAUGCGCAGAAUUCCACUGACAGCAACCCAGACGAGGAAGCCUAUCACUCUGGAAGUUUCUCCCAUCAUGAGCAGCCGUCCUCUUUCCACCACCACGAUGAAUACGGCCCCGGCAGCCUACCAGCUUCCAGUUCCUACUCAAGCUUUAGUCUUGCAUCAGAUGAUAAGGGAGGGGUAGGUGGCUGUGGACGCACUGCUAGCAGCACCUUGUCCUCCUCCCACCAGGGUCUCUAUAUGGAGUGGCGAGAUGGUGGCAGUGGGGACUAUGAGCGCAAGAGCAUGUCUUCAUAUGAAAAAGACAGUUCCGGCUUCCCAAAAUCCCACAGCAUCCAGCAUAUGGCGGCCCCUAGGAGUCCACAAAAGGCCAUCUCCCCCGCCUACACGAGGACAGCUUCAUGCUACAGUGAACCGUACCAUUCAAGCUCCCCUCGUCUGGCCUCUUCCCACAGUAUGGGAUCUACAACCGGACUUGGCCAACCUCACGACAGAGGUCUGGAGGUUCCUGAGGACGACCUAAGCAACCGCUGGAGACAGCUGAGUGUGGAAGACAUCAACACCUUCUCGUCUUCCUAUCGAAACCUUGCUGGCCGGGUCUCUCCUUACAGUUUCUCUGAGCACCACUUUGCCAUGGGCCCCUCCAGUAAGGUCAAGGGAUCUCUUUACAGCAGCUUCAAUGAAGGAGAUGACGUCUUCCAUAGUCACAUGAUUGACCAGUGCUUUUCUCUUGGCGCUCCGGCCUCACCCAGGCAUAGUCCCAAACCAAUGGAGCACCACAAAAAGGACAAAACCUCGGUGUUGUACAGAGGCACUGACGAUGGUGAGGAGUCAGAGCGCAGUCUGUUCCUCUCAGGGAGCUCCAAAGACAAGGAAAGUAGUGUUGGCGCAUCAGCGUCCAGCAAGGACUACGUCAAUCUGAGAGAAGACAGCUCAGCAGAGUCCUUACAUCACAGCUCGCUCGAGGCCUCAAGUCUUCAACACUACCCUACACCGCGACCAAGCGUCCGCCAGCGGCCCAGCUCAAGCUCCGCUCUCAGUGUCGGCCCCGCUCUCCCAAAGAAGAACUCUCCAAGAUACCAAAAAUUUGGCAGCACAGGACUGACGCGGAAAGACAGUUUGACCAAGGCACAACUUUAUGGUACACUACUGAACUGACCCAGAACAACUUCACUUUUAUGCAUGAUAUUGAAGAUUCCUACCUUACUGUACUGUACUGUAAUGUACUGUAUGUCUCUUCUACAGCAAACCUUCUCUGUGUGAUGAGGUGUUAAGAUCUCUUAGCCAAGGCCAGUUUUUUUUUCAUCACAUGUCAACACGUAGCUACCUGAGACCAGCUAUUCAGUGUUUUCCAUGACAAUGAUAAUUAUAGACACUGGGACAAAUUCAAUAGAGAUCUAUUUGCUGGUUUACAGUGUGGGGUACGGAAAUGACUUCCUCAGAGAGACUAUUAGAUCCUGCUUCAUUAUAUAAAGAAAGAAUGAAAGAAUGGAGUGGCCAUAAUGGAAUUACAUUUGCUUAUUUUAGGGGGAGUUGAAAUGUGCCCUGUCGACUGCCAGCUAUUAAAGGGAAUUGUCCAUUUUGUAAUUUCUAAACAGGAAACACUUGCAGCCAUAGUUGUGAGCAUUGACUCUGUAUAGGAAAUGGGUGCCAAGAAACUUACUGGUACCGAGAAACCGUUGUAACAAUUAAAUUCGACAGAAAAAGCACUCUGCUAGUCAAAGAAGCAACUACCAGUGAAUAGACGGAUACAUCCACAUCUUCAAAAAAACAAAAACAAACAAAC